AUGGGGAAACGUAUCGUGUUCACCGGUGGCUCGGGCAAGGCUGGCCGACAUUGCAUCGCUUAUCUCCUCUCACAGGGCCACCAGAUCCUGAAUCUGGAUCUCAAUCCACUGCCAAACCCAGAUGGUGUCGGAGUCAACCCGGAUGUGUUCACAUUGAAAUGUGACCUGACCGACAGUGGCCAGGUUUUUAACGCGCUGUCUUCACACUUCCACAUGGGUGAAUAUGAGACUGAGCGGGAUUUAGCCACGGAACCACCGACAAUUUUGCCAGAUGCAGUUAUCCAUUUUGCGGCGCAUGCACGGAACAUGCUCGUACCAGAUAAUGAGACCUUCCGGGCUAAUGUCGUGAGCACGUACAAUGUUAUUGAGGCGGCAUGCAAGCUAGGCAUCAAGAAGAUCAUUAUCGGCAGCUCUGAGACAACAUAUGGUGUUUGUUUCACGCAGGGUGACUCAAAUUAUCAAUCGUUCCCCCUGGAGGAAGAUUACGAUGUCGAUCCUAUGGACUCGUAUGCUUUGAGCAAGAUCUGCGGCGAAAAGACCGCGCGGACAUUUGCCCGCCGUUUCAAUGUCGACAUUUACGCUCUACGCAUUGGCAACGUCAUCGACCCGAAGCAAUAUAUUGAUGAGUUCGCAAGUUACGUCAAGAACCCGAAGGACCGCAAAAGAAACGCCUGGAGCUAUAUCGAUGCUCGAGACCUUGGUCAGAUCUGUCACUUGUGCGUUGACAAAGAUGGGCUGGGCUUUCAGGUCUUCAACGCUACGAACGAUACUAUCACGACGAAGAUCCCAACUGAAGAGUUCCUAAAGAAAGUCUGUCCUGAUGUGCCGAUCACAAGGAAGUUGGGAGAGUGGGAGGCGCCACUGAGCAACCGGAAGAUAAGAGAAAUGCUCGGGUUUAAAGAUGUUCACAAUUGGAGGAAGUACGUUACUAUAUAG